GCAACACGCCCAACCGGAAAAGUUUUUUUUUUUUUUGAGGAACUUGCGCUUUAGUCGCUCAGAGCAGGUUUGUGGUCCGAAUAGAGAAAGCCGAUGUCGUAUGAGUUGGCAGUCGGGAAUAUCGCUACUCAGGCGUGCUAAUUAUGGCAGAAAGUAGUAACAUUAGUUCAGACCCUAGUUCAACUGCUGGAGCGGAAAGGAGGCAGUAGUGAUAAGCGCAAAUCUAAAGGGGAAGUGGUUCUCGCAAAACACUCGGAGUAGUCUUGACUGUGUUCGUCUGUUGUGUUGUGCAACGUGAACAAAACGCCUUCUUGGAGUUUGUUUCGCGAAUUCAAAAGGUACCUCGGCAGACAGGUGUCAUGAGCAGUGAGUUGAAUGUUCCCAUGGGUUCCCCAGCACCAGGGGUCUCAGAGAGGGCUCCAGAUGGCAGGGGGAUGGACUACAGGGACUGGGUGCGGCGCAGUUACCUGGAACUGGUGAGCUCCAACCACCAUUCAGUGCAAGCCCUGUCCUGGCGGAAACUCUACCUGAGCCGUGCCAAGCUGAAGGCCUCCAGCAGGACCUCUGCACUGCUCUCUGGCUUUGCAAUGGUGGCCAUGGUGGAGGUGCAGCUGGAGAUGGAGUACAGUUACCCUCGUGUGCUGCUCAUUGCCUUCAGUGUAUGCACCACCGUGCUGGUGGCAGUGCACCUCUUCGCUCUGCUGAUCAGCACCUGCAUUCUGCCCAACGUGGAGGCCGUCAGCAACAUUCACAACUUAAACUCUGUUAGCGAGUCACCCCAUGAACGCAUGCACAACUACAUUGAGCUGGCCUGGGGCUUCUCCACAGCUCUGGGCAUCUUGCUGUUUUUAGCAGAGGUGGUGCUCCUCUGCUGGAUCAAGUUCUUGCCCGUAGACUCUGGCGCAGUCAAAAAGGCAACUACCUGCAGUCCCACAACAGACACCCCAACCAUAUCCCCUGCACCACAGAACAGCGGGUGGCAGGCUGCACUGGCCUCCACAAUCAUCAUGGUCCCAGUGGGGGUGAUUUUUGUGGUGUUUACCAUACACUUCUAUCGCUCUCUGGUGCGCCAUAAGACGGAGCGACACCACCAAGAGAUUGAGGAGCUACACAAAAUUAAGGUGCAGCUGGAUGGCCAGGAGAGAGGCCUCCAGUCUGUGUGACAACAGCUUUAAGAACUUCUCUUUUUAUUGCAUAUUUAUCAAGUCCUAUUUAUCUCCUAUUUAUCCAGUUGCAUUGUACGACCUUUGCAGUGUGUUGUAGAUCUCUGUAUUGGUUGAGGAUAAUGUAAAAAGGUUUACAAAGAAAGGGCUAUUAAUUUCUGUGCCAUUUUUUGGGUCAUGGUUGUAGUUUCAUGGUAUGGGUGGGUAAUAAUGUCACCACUUUGGAUCACGAUUCUAUUUGAGGCCAAUGAAUCUCUUAACCUGUUACUUCUCGCCUUACCUCCUACUAGCAAACAGCAACGUACAAAUUAUUUAGAAUAAUUUUAGCCAAUGGUGGACUUACCUUUCCAGAGAAAUUUCAGCCAGGAACUUAAGCUAAUUACCAUUAAUGCCAUAAUGUAAAUGUAACAUGGCUAUUGUUGAUCCUGCUCUCUGUGCUCAGUCAAAGAUAACUUGUAAAUAGGGAUUUAAAAAGAUUUGGAUUACUUAGGAUUCAGAUCCUGUAAACUGAUUUCAGACCCCAACCCUAUCACGUGGUCAGCACAGGCCUAAACCUGCUCCUCAGUCACAGAGUUUACAGUUCAUUUUUAUGUAAAGAAUUGAAUCAUGCAUGACAGUGCGAGCAACUUGGUGCAUGUUUCACUCCAUUGUGACUGAGGGCAUUUCUAUACACUGUGAGAAAUCAGUCAAACUGUAAAGUCUUAAAAAUGUUGCAUACUUGCCAAAUAGAAGUGCGGUUCGCGUCACUGUGUUUUACAUCCAAAAUCUCAUGCAAGCCUUGAAAAUUUUCAUUUUAUUUCUUCAAUUUGCUUUUACUGUCUUUGUACAGAAAGUCAAUUGUGCAAACUGAUGCUGCUUAAAUGUGAAUAUGUUACUGUCUAAAUCUGGUUCUGCCUUACUGAAUUGCCUUUUAUGGCUUACUGUUUUGCUAAAAGGUAAUAAAAUAAUACAGGCCGAGCUUUUGCUGAAAUGUAGCAUGACACCAAGUGUAAACGGUGAGUUGGAUCAAGAGUCAUAGGGCUGGCAAAAAGGUCAGACUUGUGAAGAGAUUAGAACACGUAAUCAGCAGUUUACAUACUAAAUAGUUUAUAUAAGUGGUUUAACUGAAAGAGUCAGAUGUUACAGUUACUUGGACGAAGUCAGAGUAUGUUACUAUGCUUAAAAAGUACAAAUGUACCAACCUGUUACCACAUUCCAAAUAAGACUGACCAACGUGUUGCUCGGUCGUUUGUUUCUUGCUUCUCAGAAGAGAAAGUGCACUUGUAGUUUAGCAGUAACACUGAGUCU